AUGCCUUCAAUUGAUGAAUGGGAAUUAGCACUAAAACAAUAUGUUGAAUUGGAUUCAUGGCCUGUUCAUUGGGGUGGUAAACUGUGCGAAAAUGGUGAUCCAAAAUGUCCAUCUAAAAUACGGUACGGUCUUGGACCAAUUCCUGAUACGUAUUACAUUGAUCCGGAUGAUGCGAUGCCUGAUUAUGAUCAACUUACAACUGUUUACGCCGGUGAAAAACAUCUCAUUGAGAUUAAAGUUGAAGCGAAUACAAGAAUCAGCUGGCAGUACAUGACAUCGGAGGAAGAUAUUGGUUUCGGUAUACACUUCGAUAAAACGUCCAAAGCAAACAAUUUAAUUGAAAUGGAAACCGUUUUCCCAUAUAUUAGGUUAGAGUGUUCACAAGUGCCCAUAUCUGGAUCUAUUCUAUGUGAAAAAGCUGGAAGAUAUAUAAUUGAAUUCGACAAUUAUUAUUCAUGGUUCUCAGCAAAACAAUUGCGUUACAACAUCGAAAUUGAUCAGCUGUAG